UUGGCUUUACGUAUGUGACCACCAGGUUUUGUUACGUAACAGUUUGAAAUUUAGAAUUGUGAAAUUGGCAAUAUAACAUUGAGUGGCAGAAAUAAAAUUUGUUUACAAUUUUCGACAGGCCGGGAAACAGUUUCAUUCUUCGAUUCUGCUUUCUGUUAGUUAGAUAUUCUUGUUGGAGUAAAAAGAUAUAAAUUGUUCUGUAAGAAGAAAUAUUCAGCUUUCAAAAUGCUGCCGUGUAAAUAUAUAAUUAUUACAGACGAAGAUGAUGGAUACCCUUUAGACUCUUUUUGUGUUCCUCGUCAUUAUAUUUCAGAUUUAGAUCGUGUGCUUGUUCCUUGUGGUUUAAUUUUAGAUAGAAUUGAAAGACUUGCCCGAGACAUAGCUCGAGAUUUUGACGACCAACCUUUUACUGCACUUUGUGUGCUCAAAGGAGGAUAUAAAUUUUUUGCUGAUUUAUUGGACAAAAUAAAGCAAUAUGUAAGGAAUGUCAAUGACCGAACCGGGCCCAUUUCUGUGGAUUUCAUUCGAAUAAAAAGCUAUGAAAAUGAAUCUACUUCUGGAAAACUAAAAAUAAUGGGAAUUGAUAACCUUGCCACACUCAAAGGAAGGAACUUACUGAUUGUGGAAGAUAUUAUUGACACUGGUACAACUAUGAAAAAUCUAUUAACUUUGUUAGAUCAGUUUGAACCAAGGACAGUCAAAGUUGUUAGUCUCUUUGUUAAACGAACACCCAAAAGUAAAGGAUAUAAACCGGACUAUAUUGGUUUUGAAGUUCCUAAUAAAUUUAUUGUUGGCUAUGCACUUGACUACAAUGAGUUCUUCAGAGAUUUAAAUCAUGUCUGCAUUAUAAGUGAAAGUGGUAAAACUAAAUAUGCAAAGAAGAAUGUUGAUGCUUGUUCUUAAAGACUUCUAGUGUUCUAAGAAGGAGGAGAAUCUCAUCUAUGUGAUAUUUUUUAGGAGGGACUUACAAAAUUGAUUGAUGUGGUUAUGAUUGUUUUCCUAAGUAACAAAAAGUUUUUAAUGAAAAAGCAGACGUAUAUUCAAGAAGAAAUAUAUGUCAUGUGACACAUUUGUCUCAUAUUUGCAUUUUUUCCUUCCAUUAAGCAUUUAUUUCUCUACAUUUUAUUAUUUUAAAUCUUAAGAGACAUUGCUAUUGACUUUUUACAUAAAUUAUUUUUCUUAUAUUUUGCUUGUUGAAAAUUAUUUUUGUAUAACAUAUUGCUUUUAUCUGGUUAAAAUAUCUGUAGUUUAUCAAGAGUUUAAUGUUGAAUGUCAAGAAUUUUAUCGGAACAAUGGAGUGUUUAACUGUUAAUUAUAGUUGUGCUUAGAAUUUUUUACAGAAAUCUAUUUUAGCAUUCUUUAUUAGUGCAUUAAUAAUGAAUAUUUUUGUAAAGAUUGUCUAUUUUAAAAUAUUAAUGUGUUUUUAAAAUACAUUUGUAUCACAUGCAUACAAUAUUAUUAUAUCCAAAUUUUAUGAAAGUGGUAAAUACAUAAGAGAUAUAAUUACAUAAGGUUACAUACACUAACUACAUAAAAGUAUAAUUAAAUGUUUGAAAUAAAUUUCUAAAAGUUAGCAAACUCAACCUUAUAAUAUUUACUUCUUGGCAUAAAACAUUUCUUGUUUUUUAUUUAAAAAAACUUGUAGUUUACUAGUUUUUCUUUUUUUCUUCUGAAAUUUUUAUAGAAAUGUACAAAAUUAUUCUAUGACAGAAUAUAAAAUUUUUUUUAAACAUUUAGUGUAUUUAUUUUUUGUUACAAUUCUACUUUUUUUCUUCCUUAAAAAUUUGGGGGCGCCAGGUGACUGGGUGGUAGCGCUUCGCUCUGUCAUGCCACAUUUCCUUGUUUCGAUCCUAGGGCAGAGCAAGGUUGACUCAUCCCUUCAGUGGAUCAAUAAAAUGAAUACCAAGUAUGCUUGGGAACUAAACACUAGGGGUCCCGCAUUGGGCUGACCACCCAACCGGAACGUCUGCUCUUGCACCCCAGAGACCAAAGGUCAAGAAAACUGAGAUGGACACAGUAGGUCUUGGCUCUCUAUCGACUGUCGUGCCACUGAGUUUAGUUUUAAAAAAUUCUGAGAGAGAAAUAGGAACACCUCAUAAUAAAGGGUUCUUUAUUAUUUUAAAAGUUAGCACAUUUAUUUUAGUGCUGCUGUUAUCGUUUGAUCAAAUUUUGUUGCUAUUUUACCAGUAUCUGUGUAAACUAUCAUUUAUUUUGUUGAUAUCACUUGUACUGAAAAUACUCUAAAUUAAGUUUGAAAAUGUCUAUUUCACUUUUCAUAAACGUUCAAUUCUUUUCUCAACUCAAAAUGUUUCAUAUAUAAUUUAUCUGUUCUUGUUUUUUUUCCCCCAUUCAUUUAUUUAUUCUCUUUUAUAAAACUACUAUUUUACGUUAAGUUUAGACAUGACAUAUGUAUUAAUUUAAUAUUUAUAUAUAAUUUAAUAAUUCCUCAUUUUGUUAUAGUUUCAAUAUUUAUCCUUCUUAUUAUAGUUUAAUGCAGUAUAUAACUAAUGUGUUGUCAAAAAUAUAUCUUAAUCUUUCUUAUUGUUAAAAUACAAUUUCAAGUUUAUUGCUUUUUUUGCCUUAACUGCAGUAUGUCGUUUUAUCUUUGCAACAGUAAAUGAUCUGAUUUCUUAAGAUAUAAUAUAUUUAUGUAUAAGUAUUUUUAUUUAUUUCAAUUUCUUUACUAUUAUCGUGUAAGAAAAGUGAGUGUAAUUCUUAUUUGAUAAAUAUAAUAAAUCUAAAUUGAAUUAUA